UCACCGCGGCUCAACCGACGCAUGCGCGCGCGUUUCACGUUUAACUUAACAACUUAGUGCCAAAACCAAGUGUAGCUUAGAUUCUUUUGAAGUGUUAAUCUCGGAUUGCAGUGUUGUGUUAGUGUGUGCAAUCUCUAUCUUAGUUUAGUAACUAAUUGAUAAUAGUGGAUUAUUGGUGCUAUGUUAUGGAUUCUGAAGGUGUGAGUGACGAUGUGUGAGCGGUGAGAUCAAGAAACGCGCGAUGUGGCGCGCUAUUAUCUGUCUCUUGGCCGUAGUGGCCGCGGCGGAACACGUCCGCGAGUUCACGGUCAGAGAAAACGCUCGAGCUGGAGCGCUAGUAGGACAUCUCGGCGACGAACUACCCGACGCCGCCCCACCGUACACAAUCGUACCCGUCCCUGGUAGUGCAGUCAAUGACGAUCUCAAAAUUGACCCGCACACUGGUGAAAUUCGGACAAGAAUGCCACUAGACCGAGAAAAUAGAGAUCAUUACGCUCUAGUCGCCAUCCCUGCCAGCGGUGAUAACAUCCGUGUAGUUGUGCAUGUCUCAGAUGAGAACGAUAACGCCCCCACUUUCCCCACACCCGUUAUGGACGUUGAGUUCUCCGAAAAUACUCCUAGAGACGUAAAACGAAAAUUGAAUCCAGCAAAGGAUCAAGAUCUGGGUACAUUUAAUACUCAAAAGUAUAAUAUUGUAUCAGGCAACACUGAUAAUGCUUUCAGACUCUCUUCACACAGAGAACGUGAUGGUGUGUUAUACUUAGAUUUACAAAUCAAUGGUUUUCUUGAUAGGGAAACGACGGAUCACUAUGAGCUUGUUAUAGAAGCUUUAGAUGGUGGUACACCUCCGUUGCGAGGUACAAUGACUGUAAAUAUAACUAUUUUAGAUGUAAAUGAUAAUCCUCCUGUUUUUGCUGAAAGUGCAUAUUCAGCUAUGAUACCAGAAAAUGCCACAGUGGGAACUACUGUAUUAAAAGUUUUCGCAACUGAUUCAGACACAGGUGAAAAUGGUAUUAUAGAAUACUCUAUAAACCGUAGGCAAAGUGAUAAGGAAAAUAUGUUCAAAAUUGAUCCAGAAACAGGAGAAGUGACUGUAAAUAAAGCGUUAGAUUUUGAAACCAAAGAACUUCACGAAUUGGUCGUUGUAGCGAGAGAUAAAGGCGCUCAACCUUUAGAGACAACUGCAUUUGUGUCCAUACGUGUCACUGAUGUUAAUGAUAAUCAACCCACGAUUGAUGUUAUAUUUUUAAGUGACGAUGCGACUCCCAAAAUAUCUGAGGCUGCCCAGUUGGAUGAAUUCGUUGCAAGAAUAUCUGUGCAUGACCCAGAUUCUAAGACGGAAUACUCAAACGUUAACGUUACUUUAAGUGGUGGUGAUGGGCAUUUUGAUUUACGGACGCAUGAUAAUAUCAUAUACUUAGUGGUAGUUGCGUUACCGUUAGAUCGCGAGUCUCAGUCGUCGUACACUCUGAAUGUAGUGGCCACUGAUAAAGGCUCGCCUCCAUUGCACGCAUCCCGUAUCAUUAACCUCCGAGUGACUGAUAUAAAUGACAACCCUCCAGUGUUCCUCGAUAGCGUUUAUAAAACCAGUGUGCUAGAAGCAGCGACAGCUGGAACUCCAGUUAUCCAAGUAACAGCCACAGAUGCAGACGAAGGGGAAAACUCUGAAAUACGUUAUUCUCUGAGUUCUACACCGCAAUCUGAUUGGUUUUCAAUAGACGAGCGUUCUGGCUUAAUAACAACUCGGUCUCAAGUUGAUUGUGAAACGAAUUCAAUGCCUCAAUUAACGGUGGUGGCGAGUGAUCGCGGUAACCCAGCAUUGUCUGCUACUGCCACAUUAUUGGUAACAGUGCUAGAUGUUAAUGAUAAUGAACCGAUCUUCGACCAGUCUUUCUACAACGUGACGGUGCUGGAGAACGAAGCUGUCGGCAGCUGCAUUUUGAAGAUGUCAGCAAUGGAUCCCGACUGUGGUGUGAAUGCCAUAGUCAACUACACCCUUGGAGACAGUUAUGCAAGAACGUUAUUUGCUGUUAAGCCAGAUUCCGGGGAUUUAUGUAUCUCAGCAACUCUGGACCAUGAAGUUAAUCCUGAAUUUGAGUUUCCAGUGAUAGCAACUGAUAGAGGGGGCCUGUCCACGACUGCUAUGGUGAAGAUCCAACUUCUAGAUAUAAAUGACAACACACCAGUAUUUGCUGCAAAAGAUUAUAACGUUUCUUUGAAAGAAGGCAGAAUAUCGACGAGCGAGCCGAUAGUUGCCGUGUCAGCAAAUGAUGCAGAUUCAGGAAAAUUUGGAACUAUCACGUAUAGAAUUGUCAAUGGUAAUGAUAACGAUGUGUUCAGAGUUGAUCGAAGUACAGGAGAGAUAUUUGUGAUCAAGCCUGCUUUGAUACAAGCGAAUGGCAAGUUUGAUUUGGAAGUUUCGGCAACUGAUGGAGGAGGUUUGUCGGCGUCUCAAGGUGCGAUGGUGCGUGUUACUGUGGUGCCUGCUGGACUUGGAUCACCACUAUUUGAUAAAUCAAGAUAUAAUUUCCGUGUUCGUGAAGAUGUCAAGACUGGUACUAUUGUCGGCACUUUGAAAGCAACGAGUGGAGAUAGAGGAAAACCAGUAAGAUACAGCAUCAUCUCCGGGGAUCCAGUGCAUCAUUUCACUAUCGAACCGCAUACAGGAACCAUAAGAACAGCUGCACAAUUAGACAGAGAAACGACAUCGUCAUAUCUUCUCAACGUUAGGGCUGCAAAUGGAAAUCAAGCAAAUUAUGAUCAGACACAGGUCCAAAUAACCUUAGAAGACGUCAACGACAAUGCACCAGAAUUUGGAGCUUCAUCAGUUAAGGUCUCCGUUGCUGAAUCAGCGUUGGCUGGCUCUGUGGUGUAUGCAGCCAGGGCGACUGAUGAAGAUUUUGGCAAGAACGGUCAAAUAACUUACAGUCUACUUUCGGCUACCGGUCCAUCUAAUACUUUUGCAGUUAAUUUACAACAUGGUCUUGUUACGCUUCUAAGAAAUCUUGACUAUGAAAACUUGGUUCGCCACAAUUUGAUUAUUACAGCGCGCGAUGGGGGUUCUCCACAACUCAGUGCAAAUCUUACUCUAGUCAUUGAUGUUCAGGAUGUCAAUGAUAAUCCUCCCGUUUUUGAACAUGAUACGUAUAGUACCAGUGUAUUGGAGUCAGAAGUUAUCAAUGCAAAGAUCUUAGAAAUCCAAGCUAUAGACAAAGACACGGGUAACAAUGCUCGUAUAACUUAUCGAGUUGUAUCAGAUAAUAACACAGACGAGUAUUUUAAAGUUCAACCGUCUACUGGCUGGGUUUACCUUGCGAAAUCCCUCGAUAGGGAGACAAUACCUCACCACAAAAUGACAAUAAUAGCUGCGGACAAUGGUAUCCCGCCUCUGUCUGCAACUGCCAGCCUUAUUGUAUACGUAUUAGAUGCUAAUGAUAAUGAUCCAGUUUUCUCACAAAUCAACUAUGAGUUUCAUGUUGAAGAAAAUCAAAAGGCUGGUGCAUUUGUCGGAAAGAUUGGUGCAACUGACGCGGAUUUAGCAGAUAACGCACUUGUCAGAUACAGCUUGUUUCCAGCUAACACCAGUUUCAGCGUAGACACAGUUACUGGUAUAAUAACGACGAGAGAUGUUCUUGAUCGUGAAUAUAAACCAUCAUAUUCACUUUUUGCUGAAGCUAAAGAUCAAGGCACGCUGCCGCGCUCUAGUCGAGUUCCAGUGUCCAUCAAAAUAACAGAUGUAAACGAUAAUGCACCAGAAAUAGUUGAUCCUAGAGAAGAUGUUGUUAGUGUCAGAGAAGAACAGCAGCCUGGAGCUGAAGUUGCUCGAGUAAAAGCUAUAGACAGGGACGAUGGAUACAAUGCAACCGUUUCUUAUUCUAUUCUCAAUGACAGAGACACUGACGGUUUUGGAGUAUUUGUUAUUGAUGCAGAAUCAGGAGUUAUAAAAACAAGCACAGUACUUGAUCAUGAAGAGAGAUCAAUAUAUCGACUAACAGUAGCUGCAACAGACGGUGGCCAGCCUCCGAGACAGACGAUCCGGCAGUUAAAAGUUGAAGUUUUGGACUUAAAUGAUAAUAGACCAACGUUCACAAGUUCGAGCAUAUCUUUCAAAGUAAAAGAAGAUUCAGAAAUCGGCUAUAUUAUUGGCACCGUUACAUGCUAUGAUAAUAACAUUAGCGAUAACUUCAUAAAUUCUGAUGAAGAAAGACAAAUUUCAUAUUUACUUCUACCUUUGACAACAGAUUAUUCUCCUGGUACUUUUGAAAUUGAUCGAAGAACGGGUUCUCUAAUUGUAGCGAGGCAGUUAGAUAGAGAAAUUCAAGAUGAAUAUAGACUCGAAGUUCGAGCUCUGGAUACAUCGGCAACUAAUAACCCUCAAAGUAGUGCAGUGACUGUCAGGAUCGAAAUAAUAGAUGUUAAUGAUAAUGCCCCACAGUGGCCUGAAGAUCCUAUUUAUAUAGAAGUUCUUGAAAGUGCUAACGUUGGCACCACUAUUUAUAAUUUCACAGCCAAAGAUUUGGAUGCUGGUGUGAACGGAGAGCUUAAUUUUCGUAUAGGUUCUUCAACUCCAAUAACAAAAAAUAACUUUCAUUUGGAUCCUUUGACCGGGUAUUUAUCUUUAACUGCACCCCUAGAUUUUGAAAUCAUACAUGAGUAUUGGUUGGUUAUUGAAGCUAUUGACCAGGCUGUAAAUAUUUCUGAAAGAAAAUCUUCAUCUGCUACUGUCAAAAUUAUUGUUUUGGAUGUCAAUGACAAUGCACCAAUAUUUGUUUCUUCACACAAAGUAUCUGUUAGCAUGAAUGCUGUAACAGGUAUAAUUUAUCAAGCUUUAGCUACUGAUGCUGAUUCUGGAAGCAAUGGAAAAGUGUCAUAUUAUAUAUCUGGUGGAAACGAUAACUCCUUUUUUUCAAUUGCAUUUGAUACUGGUAAACUAACCUUAUCAAAGAGCAAUUCAGCUGAUAUUUCAUCUAUAAAAUCAGGAACAUACAAACUCAAUUUAACAGCUAUUGAUGCUGGUGUACCGUUUCCUAAGGAAAGUGUUAUGACAUUAUUUUUAAAUAUUCAAGAAUCUACAAACACACCUCCGAGUUUUGCAGAAUCCUUGUAUAAGGCCAACAUUAGUGAAGAUAUUCGCCCUGGUAGCUUUGUAACAAGAGUUAUUGCGAAAUCAUCUAGAGGUAAUUCAGGUAACCUAAUUUAUAUGAUUCCUUCAAAAGUUGCAGAAGAUAUAUUUAAAAUUGAUGAGAAUACAGGAACAAUAACUAUUAAUUCAAAAAUUGAUCGAGAAGAACGAGAUCAAUAUACUUUUCCGGUAUAUGUUUUUGAUUCAAAAACAUUUCAAACGAGCACUAAUUUUGAUAUAACAACUGUUAUGGUUUCUAUUUUGGAUGUUAAUGAUAAUGCACCUGUUUUCAAAACGGGAUCUUGUUAUCCCUUGUCAGUUCCUGAAAAUAAUGAUCAAGAAGUUAUACAUACAGUGACAGCAACUGACAAAGAUAUUGGUGCUAAUGGAGUUGUUACCUACGGUAUUACAUCAGGGAAUAAUGGCAAUAAAUUUUCAAUCGAUGCAACCUCUGGGCAUCUGACUGCAAAAACUUUAGACCGUGAGACACAAUCUAGAUAUGAGCUAACAAUAACGGCAUAUGAUCACGGAUCUCCAAUAUCAUUACAAGGCUCCUGUAAUAUAACUAUAAUAGUUGAAGACCAAAAUGACAAUGAUCCUAUAUUUGAUACGGGGCAUUAUUCUGCUGCUAUUCUAGAAAAUGCACCAAUAGAUACAUCCAUCAUAAAAGUAAGAGCCACUGAUGCUGAUUUAGGGCUUAAUAAAAGAAUUGUUUACUCACUGGCCAAUGAAAGUCAAGGUUUAUUUAGAAUCGACAACAAAACUGGAAUUAUUUACACAACUGGAUAUUUUGACAGAGAGAGCACUGAUAAGUACAAUUUUGAAGCAGUCGCUACGGAUCAAGGACGAUACAUUGCAAGAUCACAAAAAGUUACUGUAGAAGUAUCUAUUCAUGAUGUAAAUGACAAUAAGCCAGUUUUUACUAAAUAUCCUUUUAAAGAACAAGUUGCAACACUUACGCCACCUGGACAAAGCUUAAUUCGAGUUGCAGCUACAGAUAAUGAUAUAGGAACUAAUUCUGAAAUUUUGUUUGAGCUCUUAGACAGUUCAAAUCAUAAGUUCCGUAUUAAUCCUACAACAGGUGUCUUAACAGCUACUCAGAGUUUAGCUAGUGAAAAUGGUAAACUGCUUCAUUUAAAAGUUAUAGCCAAAGAUAAAGGAAAUCCCCCACAAAGCUCCAUAGGGCUAAUAGAACUACAUAUAGGAGAUUUUUCUGAUCAAGUACCUAUUUUGAAAUUCCAAAAUUUUUAUUACAAUGUUACAAUAUUUGAAAAUUUGGCAUAUGGGAAAGAAGUACUGCAAGUCACAGCACUGAGAAGUGAUGGACGACGUCAAAGAAUUAUCUAUGAAAUUGGCAAUGGAAAUGAUCAUUAUGUAUUUCAUAUAGAUAGUAAUACUGGUGUUAUCAGAAUCAAUAAUUCUGAAAGUCUAGACUAUGAAUCUUAUCCAGGACCAAACAUAACUUUAACGGUUGUUGCUCGAACCGAGGGCAGUCCCAUUUUAUACGGAUACUGCGAAGCCGUUGUAAAUUUAAUUGACCAAAACGAUCAUGCACCAAAAUUUACACAGCAAGAGUACACGGCAAAUGUAUUUGAAGGAAAUAUUAAAGGUGAAUUUGUUGUACAACUUAAAGCUAAAGAUAAUGAUGAAGGAGUAAACGCUCGGAUAUUGUAUCACAUAGUAGAUGGAAAUCAUGACAACGCCUUUAUAAUUGAACCAGCUUUUUCUGGAUCAGUAAAAACAAACAUUGUACUUGACCGAGAAAUAAGAGAAUCUUAUAAGCUCACUGUGAUAGCUACUGAUGAGGGAAACCCUCAAAUGACAGGCACAGCUACACUCAGAAUAAAUGUUGUUGAUGUCAAUGAUAAUCAACCUACAUUUCCCCCACCCAACACAAUUUAUAUUUCUGAGGACACAGAAGUUGGAUCAAUUUUAACUUCAGUCACUGCAAAUGAUGUGGACUCAUAUCCAGCCUUAAAAUAUACACUGACUCCAGAAGAUCAAACUUUUUCCAUUGAUAGAUACAGUGGCAAAAUAGUUCUUAAAAAGGAAUUAGAUUUCGAAAGCCAGGAUAAUUAUUACAUAAAUGUAACUGCAUCAGAUAGUGAGCAUAUUGCCUCAACAACUCUAACAAUAAAAGUCACUGAUAUAAAUGAUAAUGCUCCAGUUUUUGAAGUUAUUUCCUACAGUGCUUCCUUACCAGAUGGACCGGGGAGUAUUGAAAUUUUAACAGUAAAGGCAAUUGACAAAGACAGUGGUGAAAAUGGCGAGGUUUCUUACCGUUUACUUGAGCAAGAAGAAGGCUAUUACAUUAACGAGAGUACCGGAAUAGUGUUUGUAAACUUUAGUUCUUUGCCCAUAAAUCGCAAUGAUAUUCAAUUAGACGUUAUAGCUACAGACCACGGAAAACCAAGCAAGUCAACAUUAGCUUCGGUCAGAAUCAGUAGUGGCGCUACAUCAGAAAUUAAGCCAUUUAUUGACCAAGAUACUUAUAGGAUAACGAUAAAUGAAGAAACUAAAGUUGGUACAUCUUUAUUGCAAAUUGGAGGAAUUAAUGAUAUUUUGAAGAAAUAUAACUUGGAUUUUCAUAUAGUCUCGGGCAAUGAAGGCGAAGUCUUUGAAAUUAGUACUGAUGGAGCUUUAGUGCUUGUAAGAAAGAUCGAUAGAGAAGUCUUAGAUUCAUAUAUUCUUGGAAUCGCAGCUGUUGAGCAAGGAAAAAUGUUAUCGCACAAGCAAAACAAUACUUCUAUAAAUAUUUUUGUGACAGUAACAGAUGCAAAUGAUAAUCCACCAAUAUUUAGUGUUAAUAGUUUCGAAAUAACUGUUAGUGAAGAUGCUAAUAUAGGUUCUAGUAUAAUGCAUUUAUCUGUAUCGGAUUCAGAUUUAAUCGGAACAAUUAAUUCUGCAGUAGUUUAUAAUAUAUCAUCUGGUAAUGACGAACGUUUAUUCUAUAUUCAUCCAACUUCAGGAGUCUUGACUGUAAACAAAACACUAGAUUAUGAUACAGGUCAAACUAAGUAUAAACUUAUUAUAAUUGCUUGUGACCAAGGAAUGCCAUGCUUAUGUAAUUCAGCUUUCAUACAGAUAAAUAUUCUUGAUGUAAAUGAUAAUACUCCCACAUUCCCCGUUAGUGAAUAUUUUGAAAAUAUUGCUGAGAAUGAAAGAGCUGGCACGUCAGUUUUUACAACCAGAGCCAUUGACUCAGAUAAAGGCAAAUAUGGAGUAUUGAAUUACUCGAUUGUUUCACCAUCAGCAAUGUACAGUAAAAAUGAAGACGAUUGGAAAUUAUUUCAAAUAGAUUCUUCAAGUGGUGUUAUUAAUACACUCGCAGUUUUUGAUUACGAGCAGAGAAAUAAAUAUGAGUUUUCUGUCAAAGCUUCAGAUGCUGGUGGUAAAAGUACGACAGUAAAAGUAAGAGUUGACGUAGAAAGUAGAGACGAAUUUUAUCCUCAAUUUACACAGAAAACUUAUAACUUUGGUGUUCCAAAAUCAGGGCCAUUACCAAUAGGUUAUAGUAUAGGUAAAGUAACUGCAACUGACCGAGACAAAGGAAUUGAUGGUCGUUUGGUAUAUCAACUCUCAACACCUCAUCCUUACUUUAAAAUAAAUAGAACUACUGGUGCUAUAUUACUAAAAAAGAAGGUAGAGUCUAUACAGAAUUUAUUUAGAGGUGAUAAAUCUAUAAGCUUAGUGAUCACAGCAAGCUCAGGUCGCCAAGGUUCCUUGACAAAUAAGACUGCAGUUGAAAUACUACUAGACCCUGAAGCUGUAGUAAUGGAUUCUGGAAACAUUCUUACGGAUACUGCCAUGGCGCAAAAUAAUGGACUGUCAGAUUGGGCGCUAGGCCUUUUAAUUGCUUUUAUAUGUAUCAUUAUAAUAUUUGCUGCAGCGUUUCUUUUUUUACACAUGAAAAAUAAACGAAAUAAAAAGGAAAAUAAACCAGGCCUGAGUUCUGAUGGUGUAGGAGCUACAAAUAGCUAUGUGGAUCCCAGUGCAUUUGAUACCAUCCCAAUACGUAAUACAGGUCCUGUUAAUUCAGCAAAUCAGUUUGCCCCGCCAAAAUAUGAUGAAAUACCACCAUACGGCGCACAUACCACUAGCUCAAAUUCUGGAGCAGCAACAACGUCGGAACUAUCAGGAUCAGAACAAUCAGGGUCAAGUGGUCGAGGAUCAGCUGAAGAUGGUGAAGACGGAGAAGACGAGGAAAUUAGAAUGAUCAACGAGGGACCACUUCAACGUGAAAGGCAGUCAAAUGGUGUCGAUGACGAUAACCUUUCUGAUGUAUCCGUCCAUAAUACUCAAGAGUAUUUAGCCAGGCUAGGUAUUGUUGACACUGGAACUGCGGGUGGUGCAUCGACGUCCUCGCGUAGGUGUUCAGAGAAUGUAGGAAACAAGGACAAUAUGGCACUACAUCAUGGUCCAAUUGAACCGAUGCAUAUAUUUGAUGACGAUGGUUCGCAUGAAAAUGAUAUUACUAAUUUAAUAUAUGCGAAAUUAAAUGAAGUAACUGGUAGUGAUAGGGGAAGUAGUGCAGAUGAAGCAGGCGCAAGUGUUGACAGGGCAAUGGUUCUGGGGUCAUAUCCAAGCGCUCCAGGAGAAAAUCCUGCAAUUCACACAGCAGGCCCUUCUAUGACAGGAAGUUUGAGUUCAAUUGUUCAUUCAGAAGAAGAGUUGACAGGAAGCUAUAACUGGGACUAUCUCCUUGAUUGGGGUCCCCAAUAUCAACCUUUAGCUCAUGUUUUUUCUGAAAUUGCUCGUUUGAAAGAUGACGCAGUCUCUCUUCAAAGUGGAAAUAGUGGAGCAUCUAGCGCGAAAAGUAAAAACACUUCAAUAUCUGGUGGGAAAAGUGUGCCUCCUCCAUUAUUAACAACAGUAGCACCAAGAAGUUGUCCAGCUCCUUCUCUUUCAUGUAGGCAACCGCAACAUUUAUUGCCUAGGUCGCCCAUUAGUCAUGACGUACCUGGUGCCUUUUCAGCUGCAGCAGCCAUGUCACCUUCCUUUUCACCAUCUUUAUCACCGUUAGCGACUAGAUCUCCAUCUAUGUCCCCAUUAGUAGUACCGGGUCUCCCACCAGCACCAUUAAACAGAAAACCUCCACACUCAUCAAUGAGGUUAUAGACUUCGUUAUUUGUAAAUUAAAUCAAAUUGACUGUUUGCCUUAUAAGUAUUAGUUUUAUAUUAAUAUUUAUUGAUUGCCGAUGUGAUCGGCUUAGGAUUGUAAAUUUUAGUAUCAUUUUGUGCAUGUUAUUUACAUUGUAUAAUCCUGAAUAUGCUCAGAGUGAUUUUAAGCGCUUAUACCGAUUUUGCGGUAGAUGUAAAUAAAUUUAUAAAUUCGGGUCCUAACUUUAAAUGUAAAUAUUAAUGUAUAUUUAAAUGCAUUGUUGUAUAGUAUAAAAAGAAGACUGCCAUGUUAUUAUACGUAAAACAAAAUCAGCUUUAUCGUAAGCUAUAAGGAUAGAUAGGACUAAUAUGAAUUCAUUUAUUGUUACUUUUGCAAGAUUCAUUUUUCAAGGCUUCCGCCAUGUUCUAAUUUUUUUUUUUAAAUGUCAAAUGUCUUAAAUGCUUAAAAUUUGUAGAUUUUUUAAAUAAAAUUGUCAUGAAAUACAAACUUAUUACCAUUUUUGAAUACUUUUAAUGGAAUGUCUAAAAGAGUAAAUAGCAGUUACAUCAUGUAUCUUUGAAUUAAUAAAUAUUUUAAUAUAUAUUUUUGAGCCUAAAAUGUACUUCAAAUUGUAAAACUACUGUGAUUUUCGUCUUAGUAAAUAUAAGUUCAGUUCAUGUCAUUUGAAAUAUUUUGAGGUUUCCAAAAAUAUUAUGAUACAAAUAUAUUAAAUAAUUAAUUGUAAAAUACUUCAACAGAAAAUUAUAGAAGUUGUAGUUGGCACUGUAUAUUAUUGUUAAAGUGUUUGUCGAAAUAUUUCAAAUGAAUUGUAUAAAAUGUAAAUAACUUUAAAUGUAAAUUUGUUAUAUCCUUAUGUUCAUUGACGUUGAAGUUAUGUCAAGGAAAAAGAUUAAAUUGUAAAACUUA